GCAAGCCACGAAGGCAUCUGUGACUUCAUGAUCAUCAUGUGUCCCUCUUGCAAAGAGCUGAUGAGAGCCAACGAACAGGAACGUCACAAUGAGAGAGAAUGUCCAGAGAGGACGCUCAACUGCAAAUACUGCAAAGAACCUUUUUUGUUAAAGAACAUCAAGGCUCAUGAUGAAAUCUGUCCAAAGUACCCAAUGAUUUGUGAGGGUUGUGCCAAGAAAAAGAUCCCCAGAGAGAAGUAUGUGGACCACAUUAAGUUCUGCGGUAAAUUUAAAACACCGUGCAGAUUUCAUGUUGUUGGCUGCGAUAUAUCUGUGGAGAAGGAAAAGAUUCAAGACCAUGAGCGACAAUGUUCUUAUGAGCACCUUAACCUGCUUCUGCAUUUCAUUAUGGGCAUGAAGGUGAGUCUGGAGAGCCUGCAGCCCCAGAGCCUAGAGGUGGCCAGCCAGAGGCUGCAGGAGCUCCAUCAGUCCCUUAGAGAGCUGGAACUGAAGAUGAGAGAGUUGGGUGGGGGUGACACGGCUCUCGUGCAGGGUGCGUGUGCCACGACCCUGUCCACCUCCUUCACUCCCCUGCCCAGUGCCAUGGGUGCUGCCCUGGAGCUGCAAAUCCAGAGUGAAAAGACUAAGGUAGCUGAGCUGAGCCGGCGCUGCCGGGAACUGGAGCUCAAAGUGAUCACUUUUGAAAACAUUGUCUGCGUCCUUAAUCGAGAGAUGGAGCGGUCCUGCACCACCAUGGAGGCCUACAACCGACAACAUCGAUUAGACCAGGACAAGGUUGAGAUCCUCAACAACAAGGUUCGACAGCUGGAGAGGACGGUGAGUCUGAGGGACCUGUCCAUCGUGGAGAUGGAGGGGAAAAUGAGGGAGAUGUCUGCAGCCACUUAUGAUGGCAUCUUCAUCUGGAAGAUCUCUGAUUUCACCAAGAAGAGGCAGGAUGCUGUGGCUGGUCGCGCUCCUGCUAUGUUUUCUCCUGCUUUUUAUACAAGUAAAUACGGCUACAAGAUGUGCCUGCGGAUCUACCUGAAUGGUGACGGGACGGGCCGUGGCACCCACCUGUCUUUGUUCUUUGUGGUGAUGAGGGGGCACAGCGAUGCACUCCUUAAGUGGCCUUUUAAUCAGAAGGUUACCCUCAUGCUGCUUGACCAGAACAACCGGGAGCACAUAAUCGAUGCCUUCCGGCCUGACAUCUCGUCCUCAUCCUUCCAGAGGCCUGUCAGUGAUAUGAAUAUAGCCAGUGGCUGCCCACUCUUCUGUCCACUCUCCAAGUUGGACUCUAAAAACUCCUACAUUCGUGAUGACACCAUCUUUAUCAAGGCUAUUGUAGAUCUCACUGGACUCUAGACCAAACCUGAAGGCAUAAAUCCACCUCUGCCUUUUAUUGCUACCUGUUGCAUCAACCAGCCUUUAUUUCAUCACUAACUGGAAGUUCUCAUGGAGGUUUGUCCAGUUCUUUCACUUUUGGUAUCAAAUGUUUGUAACAAUAUAACAUUAAACCUGGUGGUGGUGAUAUUAUUAUUUCAUUAUUUUACUAAUCACAAUUAACUUUUUUAAUCUAAGUAGUGAUUAUCCACCAAAGUGACUGACUGGUGGACAUCCAUCCCACCCUUCUGGACCUCAAUUUUUUUGACAAACUGAGUCAUUCCAUGAACUGUGUAGAAUCGGUUACUUGUGAAAUAGCUACCAAACUACAACACUGUCACUUGUUCACUUCUUGUGGGAAACACGAGGUUCAUCAUUUUCAGUUUUAUUGAACUGUGAUUGUAAAAGUUAACCCUGGUUUUAGGAGUAAAUAGUUCUCCUUGUUGUUAUUAGUCCUUCUGGAAAAUGAGAAUUGACAAACACAGCUCAAAACCAUAAAAUAAAGCUUUAUUAACGUGUUUGUUCACGUUUGACACA